ACUUUAUCUGAAGAUCUGUCUGCCCUCUGAAACCAAACCAGCUUAGACAUUCAGAUGACCCCCUUGACUGAAUACUCACAAAUAUUCCCUAUGUGCUGGGAGCAUACCUAUGUUAUUUUGAGUUUGUUCGUUUGCUGCGCGCUCUCUCCCAUUCAAAGUCAGGUCAGACCGCCCUGACGUGUCUUUGCGCCCCUGUGGCCUCCAGCUCUCAUUGCAGGAGAUGAAGGAACAAGAGGAGCAGCGUCAGGAGAGAGAUGAGCCACUGCAGGAUGCAGAGAAGGCCUUGGCAGAAGAGCAGGCCAAAAUAAAGGCAGCUGAAGAGGAAAAGGAGCAUUUUACAAAAAGAUGUGAGGAGCUGGAGCAAAAGAUGGCAGAUCAAGAAAGAAUCUUCAAUGGCAAAUUUGCCAGUGUGGAGGAGAAGUUGAGAGAAAUGGAGAGUCAGGCGAAUAAGAACUCCAGGAAGCUCGAUGAGAUACUGCAGGUGAUGAAGGAAGUGGUAAAGUUCAGUAAGAAAGAUGAGCAGCUGCAGAAUGCAGAGAAGGCCUUGGCAGAAGAGCAGGCCAAAAUAAAGGCAGCUGAAGAGGAAAAGGAGCGUUUUACAAAAAGAUGUGAGGAGCUGGAGCAAAAGAUGGCAGAUCAAGAAAGAAUCUUCAAUGGCAAAUUUGCCAGUGUGGAGGAGAAGUUGAGAGAAAUGGAGAGUCAGGCGAAUAAGAACUCCAGGAAGCUCGAUGAAAAAAUCAUCAGGCUGCUUCAUGGUAUGCAAAAUAUGGAAGAGGGGACUUCGGAGGAAAAGGACAAAAAAAAUAAUUCAUCGACUUCGUUUUGUUCUUUCAUUCGCAUGAUUCUUAAACGGCUCUUUCACUAAUCUUGAAGUCGGUAACUAUCCAGUAUUCAGAAUUCUUCAAAUAAUUCCUCUCACUGAUCUUCGGCUUUAUUUUACUGACUAGUUUCCCCUUGGAGUCUUGGAUUUCCUGGAUCUACUAAACUGUGUAGAGGACCCUCCUUUGUGCUUCCAUGGUACUAACCACAUAACUUUGAAAAUUGAAAUGACCUAUUUACUUCUGUCUCCCUGAUGUUACCUCACUAACAAGCUCUGAUCUAUGACUUCAUCAUUGUAAUCUCAGCUGCUGUUUCCAUGUCAAACACUUAAACAGUGACUGGGAAAUUUUGGCCAAAUGAAUAAAUAACCUUUCACCAUAAAGUU